AUGGCAGCUUUUUCAUACCAAUACGACCCUUUUCUUGUUGACUCGUCCUCAUGCUUCACCAAUAACCCCAUAAAUAUGUCUUCUUCAGGGGAACAAGCCCAUAUGAACACUGCCCUUCAUCCUCAUCAUUUUCGUAUUCAUCAGGAUACUUCUUUUAGUGUCACAAAUCAAGAAACUAGCCAAAGCUCCAAGAUUACCAUUAGUGAUACCGAGCCUUCUGUGGUCAAAAACCAGAGUCCUGAAACCUCCAUGGUUGUGGACAAGCUUGAAAAAGGUGAGCAGGUCACUCAGAAGGUAACUCCUAUGGAGAAGAAAAGGAGAGCCACAAAUGGAUCCAAGGACUCAAUAGAAGGGAGAAACAAGAAACAAAAGAAGAGCAAUGAUGGGGUGAAAGAAGAGAAGGAACAAAAAAAUGGUCCUGAAGAGCCUCCAAAAGGUUAUGUCCAUGUCAGAGCAAGAAGAGGUCAAGCAACGGAUAGCCAUAGCCUUGCUGAAAGGGUUAGAAGAGAGAAAAUAAGUGAAAGGAUGAAGAUGUUGCAACGACUUGUGCCAGGUUGUGAUAAGGUAACCGGAAAGGCCCUUGUGUUGGACGAAAUAAUCAAUUAUGUUCAGUCCUUACAGAAUCAAGUUGAGUUCUUGUCUAUGAAACUUGCUUCCGUGAAUCCAAUGCUCUUUGAUUUUGCAAUGGACCUGGACACCCUCUUGGUUAAACCAGAUCAGAAAUUAAAUGGCAUAGCAUCACCAUCACUAUUACCAUCUGUACCACAAUGCAGCCCCACCCAAGUCACAGCUUUUGCUGAUACAACAACCCUAACCACCACUACCACCAGCUUCCCCGUUGCUAGUUAUGACUAUCUUUUGGAUUAUUCAUCUUCAGUUUUUCUUCAAGGGCAGAUGUCAAAUGUCUUUUCUGAGUUCUGGGAUAUAGAAGACCAACAACAAAAGUUUCUUCAUCCAUAUGGAUUCAGCAACAACUCAUGUUCCUUAAAUUAAUAUCAAAUUCAGAGAGCUGUCCUACAAGGCUACAAAAAUAUAUGUUGUAGGGGAAAUCCAAACAACUACCAGAAUCAGUGAAAAAGAAAUUCUUAUGCAUGGGAAUAUAUAUAUCAACAUUCAAAGGAAGGGG